GAGACAUCUUUUAUUGGACGGAGGGAGUAUAUGCGAUACGAUCGACCAAGUGGGCGAGACAUGGGACGCAUAUUCUUCACAUAAUAGAGCCGUGCGUAGUGUAGCCAGGACAGGACACAUAUGCAUGGAUGCACCGUUGCAUUGAUUACUAACCCUUCACAUCCAUUUCAACUUAAAGAUCUCGAGAACAAAUUCUACUAGAUCAUAGAUGCCCAUGGUUUCAGAAAAUUCCCGCGAUGGAGCAGUAGCAGCCACCCACCAUAAUUCCCAGGCAGUCACCGCGCCUAUAAAUUUGCAGCCCCCACUCUCUUCCUCCCAGUGCAGUCACUCAGUCGAUUGAUCUAGUGGAGUGGUAAACAUAGUACUGCCUUUGAAUUCCACACGCCGGGGUCUUGUUGGCGCUCGAUCUCCGGUCCUCAGGUAGCUAAUAGAGAUAUCUACGCAAGUAGUCACGGUGCAUGCUGGCUAGAACGAAACAUAUGUGCUUGAGAAUUUGAGAUAUACCGAGCUGUGUGUGUUCUUUAGCUGAAGUCUCACUGUUGGAUCGGGUAUUAUGACGGCUGGUGCAGAGAUGGGGGAGAACGGUGUGGGCAGGCAGCCGUACUACCCGGCCAUGGAGGUAUCCGGCGUGGAGAACGGCCACACGGCCGGCUCCAAGUGCUACGACGACGACGGCCGCCUCAAGCGCACCGGGACGAUGUGGACGGCGAGCGCGCACAUCAUCACGGCGGUGAUCGGGUCCGGGGUGCUGUCGCUGGGCUGGGCCAUCGCGCAGCUGGGCUGGGUGGCCGGCCCGGCCGUCAUGCUGCUCUUCUCCCUCGUCACCUACUACACCUCCGCGCUGCUCUCCGACUGCUACCGCUCCGGCGACGAGACCACCGGCAAGCGCAACUACACCUACAUGGACGCCGUCAACGCCAACCUCAGUGGCAUCAAGGUCCAGAUCUGCGGUUUCCUGCAGUACGCGAACAUCGUCGGCGUCGCCAUCGGCUACACCAUCGCCGCCUCCAUCAGCAUGCUAGCUAUCAAGAGGGCCAACUGUUUCCACGCCAAGGGUCACGUGAACCCGUGCCACAUCUCGAGCACGCCCUACAUGAUCAUCUUCGGGGCAGCGCAGAUCUUCUUCUCCCAAAUCCCAGACUUCGACCAGAUCUCCUGGCUAUCCAUCGUCGCCGCCAUCAUGUCCUUCACCUACUCCACAAUCGGGCUAGGCCUGGGCAUCGUCCAGGUGGUGGCCAACAGGGGCGUCAAGGGCAGCCUUACCGGGAUCAGCAUCGGGGUCGUGACACCCAUGGACAAAGUCUGGAGAAGCCUCCAGGCCUUCGGCGACAUCGCCUUCGCCUACUCCUACUCCCUCAUCCUCAUCGAGAUCCAGGACACCAUCCGGGCGCCGCCCCCGUCCGAGUCCAAAGUCAUGCGCCGGGCAACCGUGGUCAGCGUGGCGACCACCACGCUCUUCUACAUGCUGUGCGGCUGCAUGGGGUACGCGGCCUUCGGGGACGAGGCGCCAGGGAACCUCCUCACGGGGUUCGGCUUCUACGAGCCCUUCUGGCUCCUGGACGUCGCCAACGCCGCCAUCGUGGUUCACCUCGUGGGAGCCUACCAGGUUUACUGCCAGCCGUUAUUCGCGUUCGUGGAGAAGUGGGCGCAGCAGAGAUGGCCCAAGUCGAGCUUCAUCGUUGGGGAGAUCGAGGUCUCCUUUGGGUUCAAGGUGAACCUCUUCAGGCUGACUUGGCGGUCGGCGUUCGUGGUGGCCACGACGGUCGUGUCCAUGCUUCUGCCCUUCUUCAACGACGUCGUCGGCUUCCUCGGCGCGCUCGGGUUCUGGCCGCUCACGGUAUACUUCCCCGUGGAGAUGUACAUCGUGCAGAAGAAGAUACCCAGGUGGGGAUCGCAGUGGGUUUGCCUGCAGCUGCUUAGCCUCGCCUGCCUCGUCAUCACCGUCGCCUCCGCCGCCGGAUCCGUCGCCGGAAUCAUGUCCGAUCUCAAGGUCUACAAACCGUUCUCCACCAGUGACUGACUGACUGACCGAUAGAUCUACCGGUGGCCGGCCGUCACAAAUGAAUGCACAGAAGAGACGAUGCCUGGCUACCUGCAUGCUCUAAUUAAUUAAUCAAUCCGUUAUCACACGUUCGCUCGAAAAAAGAAAAGGAGAAAAGUGUGCUUGUUCUGUAUACAACGCGCUGCUGCUAAUUUUCAUUGUUUGCGAUUCACUACGUUAACUGAAAAGGAGAAAGAAUGUUGUACUCCCGUUCCAAAAUAAGUGACGCGACGUGGAUACAAAUACACGUCACUUAUUUUGGGACGGGGGAGUACUUAAUUUCAAGUCAAGUGUUGUGCUUGUAACUACGUGAUGAGAAAUGCAAGUUCAUAUGAUAAUUUUCUUCGCA